AUGACACACGCUGUGGAUAGAAAACUAGAUAUACAAGGAAACGUUGUCGUGGUUUCUAAUAGAUUACCUGUGACCAUCACCAAGAACAAUGAGACCGGAGAGUAUGAGUACACUAUGUCUUCUGGUGGGUUGGUCACUGCCUUACAAGGGUUGAAGAAAACAGCCACAUUCCAAUGGUACGGGUGGCCUGGUUUGGAGAUUCCAGACCAUGAAAAAGCUAAAGUGAAGAAAGAUUUGAAGGAGAAAUUCAAUGCUAUUCCUGUAUUUUUAACAGAUGAGAUUGCUGAUUUACAUUAUAAUGGGUUCAGUAAUUCUAUUUUAUGGCCUUUAUUCCAUUACCAUCCUGGUGAGAUUAAUUUUGAUGAAAACGCAUGGCUGGCAUAUAAUGAAGCAAACUUAACUUUUGCUAAUGAAAUCAUCCAAAACAUCAGCGAUAAUGACCUUGUGUGGGUCCAUGAUUACCAUUUAAUGUUACUACCGGAGAUGCUAAGACAUAAUAUCAACAGAAAGGGGCUAAAGAACGUUAAACUUGGAUGGUUUCUACACACUCCAUUCCCAUCUUCGGAAAUUUACAGAAUCUUACCAGUGAGACAAGAAAUUUUAAAAGGUGUAUUAAGUUGUGAUCUUCUAGGGUUCCAUACAUACGAUUACGCAAGACAUUUCUUGUCGUCGGUGCAGAGAGUGUUGAAUAUUAAUACAUUACCCAACGGUGUUGAAUACGAAGGCCAUUUCGUUAAUGUAGGUGCAUUCCCUAUCGGUAUCGAUGUGGACAAGUUUUCAGAAGGUUUAAAGAAGGAUUCUGUUCAAAAGAGAAUUAUGCAAUUAAAGGAGACAUUCAAAGGUUGUAAGAUCAUUGUCGGUGUGGAUAGAUUAGAUUAUAUCAAGGGUGUCCCUCAAAAGUUGCAUGCCAUGGAGGUUUUCUUAACCGAACACCCUGAAUGGAUCGGUAAAGUGGUCUUAGUACAACUCGCUGUUCCAAGUCGUGGUGACGUCGAAGAGUAUCAAUAUUUAAGAUCCGUGGUCAAUGAACUUGUCGGUAGAAUCAACGGUCAAUUCGGUACAGUGGAAUUUGUUCCAAUCCAUUUCAUGCAUAGAAGUAUCCCAUUCGAAGAAUUGAUUUCUUUAUAUGCGGCAAGUGAUGUCUGUCUAGUUUCUUCUACAAGAGAUGGUAUGAAUUUAGUCUCUUACGAAUAUAUUGCUUGUCAACAAGAAAAGAAAGGUUCUCUAAUUCUUUCUGAGUUUACUGGUGCUGCACAAUCUUUGAAUGGUGCUUUGAUUGUCAAUCCUUGGAAUACUGAUGAUUUAUCGGAAUCUAUCAAUGAAGCAUUAACGUUAUCGUCUGAAAAGAAAGAGGCUAACUGGGAGAAGCUGUACAAAUACAUUUCAAAAUACACAUCUUCCUUCUGGGGAGAAAAUUUCGUUCAUGAACUGAACAACACCUCUAGUACAUCUGCAGUACAUGGAUCCAAUGCCUGA